UCGCGUGGUGUAGCCAUGCUGUGGGACCUGUCUUAAGCUCGCAUCAAGGAGCUGCAAGAUGAAAUAGGUUGCUGCCCCAGAGCUGGCCCAAGCUGCCGUCUCGCCACGCCAAAGCAUGAUCUAGGAUGGCACGGGCAGAGGCACGCAGGUCCAAGCGAGAGGAAGAUCGAGCGUUCAGGCUCGUGUUCCGAGAUGACGUGAGCAGUGAGACGCACUGCUUCGCCAGUCCCUCGAGAGCGCAUCCCGUUCAGCUUGCGACUCUGCUGGCCAGAAAGGCUACCUUGCUCGAUAGAGAGCACGCGCAACUGAGUCGCUGGCGACAUCAUUCCGCGCAAAGUGCUUCUGACGGUCUCGCCCCAACAGAUGAUGAUGAUGAUAGCGACGGUCUGCCCUCGGACACAGAUGGGGAGCCGUCGCGACGGGCCAAGCGAGCGCAGUCACCCGUGAGAAGGGAAAGCGUCUACUACGACGAGAGCGAGGUCGACUUGACCGCCUCGCCCACGUCGACGCUCGUCUCGCUCUCGCCCGAACGCGCUUUCUCGAGCAAGCAGAAGCUCUUCGAUCUGGAGCCCAUCACGCCCGUCACACCUCAGCUGCAGUCCAGACGUUCUUCUGGCUUUGUUGGCUACUUUGGCGACAGUCAGCCCAGACGACGCGCGCCCACUGUGGACGAUAUCGACCAGCUCGCUGGUUUGGUCAUUGCCAAUCAGGACAGAUACUCACUGGCCAAGCACGUCGAUGUUGCACUGAGCAUGGCCUUGCCGAGACAUGCAACGAGAUGCUUGUCAGAGUCGCUCGACGCUCACGAGGACGAUGACGAGGAGGAGCCCCGUCUCGUCACGGCAACGAGCAAGAGUAUGGUCAAUCUCCGCCCGCGUCGUAGCGAGACCGAUGUGCCCACUCUGUACCGUACGCUGAGUAUGGGCGAUUUGCAACUCCAGCAUGAUGACGACGAGACUGAUGACGAUGACCAUGGUUCUGACGAAGAUGAUGAAUAGGCUCGCUGCAUACUGUUCCCUUCGUCCCUUCAUUCAUUGGUAUACGUGUAUAGCCCAGCCUUUGCAUUUUCCGCACUGUACGCCAAAGACAAUUGCAUAUUCUCUCAUGCCUCGACUCAUGCCUCGACAAACGUCUUGACUUUCUUGAGCCACCUGUAGUACUCUCG